AUGAAGUUUCCCCGGCUGACCUUGUUGAGCGCCUUGCCGAGCGUGAUCGCAACAGGUCCCAUUCCCGUUACCAGGACUGGCCUCGCUGGUAUUGACGGGUUUACCUUCUACGACCCCUACUGUGCUCAUGGCUGCUUCCGGUCUUUCUCCCCCUUCAAGCUGCAGUGCUCUGCAACAGUUAGCCCAGGGGGACAUACGACCGCCGACGAUACUGCGCACAACCUGGCAGUUUGUCGUGCAUCCGAUUUCCCUUUCCUGAGCUCCAUAGCAUGGUGCAUACACUUAUACUGUCCAGGCAACGUUCGGACCUCGACAAUCGAAAAGUUCUGGGAGACGCAGAUCACAGGGGAUAUCAGGAUCAUUCCCAAAUGGAGCUAUGGUGAAGUCAUGGCCAAUAUCACGAAGCCGCCUACCAUGAUGGCGAUGGACAUGGAUGCGACAUUGAAUAUGACCAUGUUGACGUCUUAUCACACUUGGAAAAUCACUCAGGAUACUUUGAUCUACUUCUUCCGCGAGACAGCCCUGGAGUCGUAUUACGGACUUGCCAUUUUACUUACUGCCUUUGGGCUCCCCAUCGUUCUGACGUGGCUGGGGUAUCUUCCCUUCAUGUCUGGCGCGCUGGAACGAAUCCAUCCCUGGAUCUACCCAAGCAUCAUCGGGACUUACCACAAUCGACCGUUACCCUUCUUACUAGGCAAUGCGCCUACCGUGGGUCAAAGUCUUUACAUCGCCCUCCUGUUCAUCUUGAACAUUGUGUUUCUUGCAGUUGGGUACAAGACAUUAUGGCCCAACGAAGAAUUUCAAUGGUACCGGAAUCACUAUCAAGAACUCCUGGCUUACUUCAUGUGGCGUACGGGAGCUCUAGCAUUCUCCCGGCUGUUCCUGCUACAGACUCUUUUGCAUUCCAUCAUUAUCAUUUCGCUGAUCUUAUACCAGAACGACGGGUACUACGCCACGACGGUCGGGACACCGUUAUGGAUCUGGGGCUGCGUUGGGACUGUUGCAGCGGUGAUUAUCGUGCCUACGAGCGUGCUUGUCAUCCGUCAACGGGCAUACGAGCUGUUUCUGGUCACCCAUAUUGUCAUGGCAGUGAUUUGCCUAGUGGGAUGUUGGUACCAUGUUUGGUACGAUGACGAGGGAUGCUUUGGCUACGAGACAUGGCUGUAUGCCACCUUUGCCGUCUGGUUUUUUGACCGACUGGCUCGGGUGGCGCGCAUCUUGAAAACGGGCAUCCGCCGGGCGAGGGUCACCGAUAUCAGCCCCACGAUUGCUCGCGUCGAUAUUCCAGCAAUCCGCUGGGUGGCUUCAGGCCAUUGCGUCUAUGUAUAUUUCCCCACGCUCAGCCCACUGCGACCAUGGGAGAAUCAUCCCUUUUCUCUGAUUCCGACGGCGGUCCUUAACAGGAGGACGAACAACUACAGCGAGGACCAGACUACUAAUACUCCGUCGGACGCCGGCAAUGAUAUGGAGAAGAAUCAUCCUCAAGUGGCCCCCACGCUGGAUCCUCCGAAACGAGAGGGACUUGCCCAUGUGGACAGUCGCUAUACUAACUCUGGCCUGACACUGUUUGUGCGAAAGAGAGUCGGCAUGACCAGAGCGUUACGCGCGCAGGAAGGGUUGCUCACCCUGCUUGAAGGGCCGUAUCCAACCACUCCCACCAAGACCCUCCUGCAGAGCGACCGUCUGCUCCUGAUCGGAGGUGGAAUGGGCAUUACGGGCCUCGCCCCUUUUCUAUGGUCUCAUCCAAAUGUUAAACUGUUUUACAGCGUCAAGACGGCCGAUCAAUGCCUGGUGGACUCAUUGAGGAGCGUCUUGGGCGAAGUCCGCGAAAAAGAAAUCUGCAUCGGCAAGAGACUGGAUAUUAGUGCGUUGCUACGAGACGAGGCAAGCCUUGGAUGGUCCAAGAUUGCCGUCGUGGUCUGUGGCCCUGGGGAGAUGUGCGACGACGUGAGGGCAAUCGUGGCUAGGCUUGGUCGCGAGAUGGUAGGCCACUGUUCGUUUGAACUUGAAGUUGAUGCCUUUUCGUGGUAG